AUGGCUCCUCUCAACGUGGACCCUUAUUUGCAGUUUCCUGAUGGAAACGAUCUAGGAGAUUUUGGAGACGAGGAUUUUCUCCAACUCCUCGCAGGCAACGAAGUUGGACCGAUCCCACCCAACAACGAUGGGUUCGGGAUGAACUUGAACCCCGUCGGCAACCAGCCCAUGCCCAACCCGAUGGGCGGAGAAGUCGCACAGUUGCCAAUGAACGAAGUCGUUGGAGCGAACGAAGCUGCUGGACAGAUCCAAGUUAACGGGGAAUUUGCACAGCUCCCAACUGAGACCAUCGUCCAAAUGGACAACGUUAUGGCCGGCGUUGUUGGAACAGAGCUGCAUGAGCCGUAUUGGAAAAUCCUCGACAGCAUCUAUUACUUCAUUCGGAACCACAGAUGGGCGUCCGUUCCCAAUGUCCAGGGCAAAUUUCGCUCUCGCGCCUCAGUCCAAGCAUCCCAUCGAGCCGUCGGAGCCCCGCCGCCGUACGUUCCAGCCAACUGGGCCGCCUACGAGGCAAUGACAUCUGCCCCAGGAAACGAGGAUAUUGGACAACUCUUCAGAGACCACCUUCUGUUUGCCUUUGACGCCUUCAGAUGGGCCGUGUUCAUGGAGAGAUUUGGUGCUCUGGAGGUCAGUUACGGCAACAUCGGGCAGACAAGACCAGUCAUUGCUACCCUCCACCCAAAGCUCGCCGUCCACGAGAAGCAAGGCAUUGACUGGGACGCUCACAAGCAAGAGCACGGCGACGUGGACCAGCAUUUCGAAGAGCUUUCGAUCAAGAACGAGCCCGAAUCCCUUGCGGCACAAGAGUGGAAGAGAAGGCAGAAGGCCUAUCAAGUUCGUACGAAGUACGGCUUCUCACAGGGCAGCUUUGCCGAUGCUCCGAGGACUCAGGAGCAAGAGCAGGAGGUUGUUAGCGAGCUGGUUCUCGCGAUGUUGAACGACCACGAUAUUGUCGACAAGGAACAGCACAAAGGGGGUAGAGAGAACCAUGUGCUGAAAGAGAAAAAGCACAUGUCGCUGUUGAAUGUGGAGUCCAGUGCUUGGGAGGCCCUGCGCGCUCUCCAGGACGUUUCACUGGGAAUGCCGAAUGCCGGCGUUUUCAAUCUGGAUUUUGUAUUCAAACCUUACGACAGCUUCGGAGCCCGUCUAGCGGACUUGAAGACGUUCUUUCGUUCCUCCAAAGCGGCGGUGACGAGCACAACAGAGAGCUCCAAGCUCACCCGUUUCGCCGGUAGACCUUCGGCUGAACUGAGUUCCAAGCGCGUGAACAAGACUGGCGCUGAGAGAAAAGCGGCGGAUCUGACAAUCGCCAGUGAAGUCAGAAGGAGUAUGGCAGCGGCAGCGCAGCCACCAAAUACCGCGCAUGAGGCCGGCGAGAAGGUGUGGGCAGAGGACUCUGAGCUAGAGCACGAAGUGGACGCCGAGGAUGACCAAACCCUCUAUGGUAAUGAUGCCGAGGGUGGGGCGCUGGCCAUGGUCGAUGAAGCCACUGUCGAUGACAAUACGACGCUUCAAAGUUGUCGUCCAUCAAACUUCGUGAUCGUCCUGUUUGAGUAUCCUGGCCGUAUGCUGAGCAGGUAUAUUCGGCGGCCUUUCGUUUCCGGCGGCCUCGAAGCCAACUUGACUUCUCAUAUCCAGGCGGGUAUUGACUGGCAGGGCAAGAAGCAUGGAUCUGUUAGCAAGUGUAUCAUCGACCAGUGGGAAUGUCUUUAUCGUACACGACAGCUCGGACAGAAGCAUGCCCGAUUCAUCCGGAGAAUCUUGGUCGACACUCCGAAGGGAGCAGAUUGCCUCGUGCGGAAGCAAUCUCUCCUGCGGCUGGGGGUAGGGCUUAGAAGGAAGAAUCAUACUCAAGGGAGGAGGCAGGAUGACGUCGAGGUCAUCAGGAGGUUCGUUUGUCCAGAGCAGAGCAAGAAGCUGCGUUCCGGGAGCGCCGAAAGCGGUAAGGGAUCCUCGAUGUUCAUGGUCUGGUGCCUGACAGACGAUGGACAGCCGCCCCGAGCACCCACACACAAGAGAUAUUCUUGCUUCUUGGUUUUCGCCAUCACUCUUGACUUGUUUCAGCAGUCGCUCACCUUUGGACUCACGCCAUCCUCUUCUCCUCGUUUUGAUCCCCGUAACCCAACUCUACCUCUGGGUAUUUGGGCCAUCACAAAGUUCUCCAAGCGCAACAUCCAUCCAUCCAUCCAUCCUCUGGCCGCUGUUCCUCCCGGUUCCGGCGCCCCAUCUCCCCCUACUUCUCGCCCUCUCCCUCUCGGCCGUACACAAGACAAGCAAACAGCCGCACAACGAAAUGUAACGGGGCAGCGAUCAGUUCAGCUUUUCGGCCUGGCUGGCCAAGAGUCCGUUUUGAAGCAGCCGGGCCUAUGUCCCGGGCGGACUCUCCUCCCCCUCCUCGAUGGGGGGGCGGGGAGACAUCCUCCGAAUGUACAAACCGCGACUUGGCCCUCUGAGUCUCGGUUUUUCUCGGGCCGCGCUACUCGCCAGUUUUCUCUGGCCGCGCUACUGCGCCAGUCGAGACAAGAACCACCGGAUGGUGGUUUUGGGGUCCCAAUCCUCAUCGUCGCCAUCGAGAAGUGGCCCUCUGAGUCUUGGUCUUUCUCUGGCCGCGCCACUGCGCCAGUCGAGAGAAGAACCACCGGAUGGUGGUUCGGGGCCCCGAUCCUCAACAUCGCCGUCGUUCGUCGCCGUGAAGAGAGCGAAGUCAAGCGUCCGUCGUGGGGAGUGGGGAAAGGGGAGAGGGAAAGGGGAGAGGGGGAGAGGGGGAGGAGUACCGCGAGGCUAUCUCCGCCGCGGCCAUGGGUUUGGGCUUGCUAG